ACUGAGUCUGAAACGGAAGCAAAGGCGCCGCCCGCGGGAGCACACAACCGGGGGGAACAAAUACACCUCUGGACUCUCGGGGGGCCUCCCUCCGACCGCCGACUGAAUCUACCUCGCUUCGCGCCUCCGGUUCCGCGCCGGGCCCGCCAGAAUCGGAGCUCGGGAUCGCCUCGGCCCGUGGCAAUGGGAGCUGACUGCGAGGACGCCGUCAAGCAGCUCAGCAGCCUCAUGGAGCAAGUGGAGGCGCCGCUGAAGAGAUCGUUUCAGAAUGUGCACCAGGGUUAUCCCAAAGAAACAUUGAUGCGUUUCCUAAGGGCUAGAGAGUGGAACGUAUCUAAGGCUCAUAAAAUGAUUGUAGAUUCUUUGAAUUGGAGGAUUCAAAAUGAAAUUGAUAGCGUGCUGGAGAGACCUAUAGUCCCAGUAGAUUUAUACAGAUCAAUACGUGAUUCACAACUUGUUGGCCUAUCAGGAUACACAAAGGAGGGUCUCCCGGUUUUUGCCAUUGGUGUUGGACAUAGCACAUAUGACAAAGCUUCAGUCCACUACUACGUGCAAUCUCAUAUCCAAAUUAAUGAGUACCGUGAUCGUAUACUUUUGCCUAGGUUGUCCCAACAGUUUGGGCGCCCUGUUACCAGCUGUAUAAAAGUUCUGGAUAUGACUGGUUUGAAGCUAUCAGCACUGAGCCAAAUAAAGAUGUUGACUUCCAUAUCGACAGUUGAUGAUCUGAAUUACCCUGAAAAGACAGAGACCUAUUAUGUAGUUAAUGUUCCAUACAUAUUUUCUGCUUGUUGGAAGGUUGUGAAGCCCUUAUUGCAGGAGAGGACCAAGAAGAAGGUUAAAGUUUUGAGUGGCUGUGGGAGAGAUGAACUUCUAAAGAUCAUGGACUAUUCAUCACUGCCCCAUUUCUGCCGCCGGGAGGGCUCUGGAUCAUCGAAGCACUCUUCACCGGACGUUGACAAUUGCUUCUCCCUUGACCAUCCUUUCCACAAAGAACUUUACGGCCACAUCAAGGAGCAAGCGUCACACCGGGAGCUCAUCAAGAUGGGAUCGUUGCACGUCAGCAUUCCCGAGCCCGAUCUGAACGAAGCCAAGAUCGUCGAGGUCAUCCAGGCCGAGUUCCAGAAGAUCGGCGAGCAGGACGAGAUCACCACCAACGGCCACAAGGAUUAGCAUGUGGCCGGGGCCGCCGGUGUCCUCUGAUGAAACUGGCAAUCGUCGGUCAUCCCGCAUUUCAGUUGACGGUCCCCAGUCGCCUGGGGAAUAUAGUAGCAAAGCCUUGCGCCUCCAUUGGUGCAGGCCCGAGUUUAUAGUUGGAGAGGCUGAGAGAUAAACAAGUGGGUGUAUAUUGGAUGGACGUGGAGCCAUAAACACACCUUUUUGUUAGUGUAACCGCAAGAUGGUAUAUGGGAGGAAAUCCAUGGAAGUGCCUUCUGCGCACUUUUGCAUAUGCGUCGGUUUUUCAA